GUUCAGUGCACCGAAGAAGCCAACAAGACGGCGUCGCUGGAAGUCUUCCAAUUUAUAACAGCGACGCCUGCAAACCGCACUCCUCUUUGGAGCAUGUCUUCGGGGUCCUCCCUCAUUUUCCACAUCCCUUCUUCGUGCCGUCUUCCCCUAUCUCCUCCCUCUCCUCGAAUCCCUUUUCUCCGAACUCGUUUCAUCUCGUUGAAGGCCAUGGCGUCGGAGGACGGCAAGGACCAUCGCCUGGCGAGGAUCUCCUCGUCGAUCCGCGUCAUUCCCGACUUCCCCAAGCCCGGGAUCAUGUUUCAGGACAUCACGACGCUGCUUCUCGAUCACAAGGCGUUCAGGGACACCAUUGAUAUAUUCGUGGAGAGAUACAGAGAGAAAAACAUCUCGGUUGUGGCGGGUAUUGAAGCAAGAGGCUUUAUAUUCGGUCCCCCUAUUGCCUUAGCUAUUGGAGCAAAGUUUGUUCCCAUGAGAAAGCCAAAGAAGUUGCCUGGUGAAGUUAUUUCGGAAGAGUAUGCUCUGGAAUAUGGCACAGACAAAAUGGAGAUGCAUGUAGGAGCUGUCCAGCCAGGAGAUCGGGCACUUGUCAUUGACGAUCUUAUUGCAACAGGAGGGACCUUAUGUGCUGCAGUCAGACUUCUUGAAAGAGUUGGAGCAGAUGUGGUGGAAUGCGCUUGUGUUAUUGAGUUGCCAGAAUUAAAGGGCCGGGAAAAACUAGGUCACAGACCUGUGUUUGUACUUGUGAAGGGCUAAAAUCGGUCUGGUACAUGCUUAUUUGUUUCAAGGUUCUUCAUUUUGCUUCCUCAGAUUGUAUAUGCUGCUACUUUUGCUGGAUCACUUGAGCUAAAUAAUCUGUAAUAUUAUUAUUGACAUAUUUUUCGGAAGGGCUUGGUAAUAAGAGUUGCUUAUUUAAAUUUGAUGACUA